AUUUGCUCAUACAGCGGAAUAGCUAGGGCCAUUGUAAAGCUCUAUAUGUGAACAAAUGGCACGCUAUGACCGAGCCACUAGGAUUUUGGACCCCGAGUGGGCGUCCUUACCUCUGGAGCUGUUACAUGAGGUAGCUGGGCGGCUCCCCUCCUCACAGCUCUGUUGCUUUGCAUUAGUCUGUCGAUCAUGGCGGCAGGCAACGCUGCCGCUGGUCACGACCCUGCAUGCGCCAAUGACAAGCGAGGUGACGCUGCCAACGGGCCCGCCUGGCAUGCAGCGACUAGAGGUCGUGCGGCGCUACCUUUCAAACAUCAAAUCAACCAACACCCCGUCAAACAACUCAAGCGGCGCACUACCUCCCUCCCAACCAUCACCAUCAUCACCCACAUCUCCGCCUCUCCUACCCAGCCUCCUUAAGCGCUUUCCCUUUGUCCGCACGCUGGGUCUGCACCGCUCCAGCCUGCAGCACCCCGCCUUCGAGGCCGCUGCGCUGCAGAGCGUGGCCGCCUGCCAGCCGCAGGUCACGCAGCUGCACCUGUACGACACCCUUGCCUGGGACUUCCCUCAGCAGCUGCCCAACCUCGCCGGCAUGACGCAGCUGGUGACGCUGAAGCUCUGGGGGCUGGGGGCGCCGGGGCUGGAUGUCAGCGCGCAGUGGUCCUACAGCCGGGGCCUCAUGGCGCUCAGCAGCCUCACCCGGCUGCAGGAGCUCACCCUGAGGUGGCUGUUCGGCAGGCAGGAGGUGGUGUGGACGUGUCCCACCACCCCCCGCCUGGUCCGCGCGCUCACGGACGGCGGCUGCCGGCUGCGCUCGCUGGACCUGAACGCCUUCCUUCUGGACCCGGGGGCGGCCGCCUCGCUGGCGCGGGUCAGCUCGCUGAGGUCGCUGUCGCUGUACUUUGAUGCGGAGGCGGCGGGGUGGGAGCAGGCGGCCUCCCUGAUGUCGCUGCCGGAGCUCACUCGCCUCAUCCUGAGCUACGAGGGGGACGCCAUGGCGGGCCCAUGGGUCGGUGACGGCCCGCCCGCGGACGAACCGCCGCCCCCACCUGCAGCAGCGGCAGCAGCAGUGCCACCGAACCUGGGAGCAGGGGCAGCGGCAGCAGGAGGAGGAGGAGGGGCAGGUGCUGUAGGCGGUGACGGCCACCAGCACAACCAUGCAACACCUGGCGCGGCUAACGGCGCCGGUUCCUCUUCUGCCGCCGCUCCGAGCAGCGGCAGCAGCGCCCUUCCGCUCCACCCCUUGACGUCUGCGGCUGCGGGUACGACGAGUAGCGGCGGUGGCAGCAGCGGCAACCACAACCCUCACAUCAGCGCCGCGGCAGCAGCACCUGCUGCUGCCUCCUCCUCCACUCCCCGGCGGCGGCUGCCCAGCUGGGCCGCCCGCCCCUACUCCCUGCAGUACCUCAGCCUGACCACCUCCCCCGCGCUGCACCCGCUGCUGGGGCGGAUGGACGUGCUGCUGCCGCACCUGACCUACCUCUCGCUCUCCAGUGUGGGGGAGUUUGGCAGCGGGCAGAAGGAGCUGGAGGCGGGGCUCAUGGCCAUGGCGCAAGCGGGGUCACGCCUGUCUCGCAUCAAGCUCUUUUGCAUGGAGCUGCGUCCGGAGCUGCUCGCCUCCCUCACCGCGCUGCCCUGCCUGCAGGAGCUCAUGCUGUUCAACGUCUGGGUCGCCCUGGAGCCGCAGCCACCCGCAGCAGCGGCUGCAGCGGCAGCACUACCCCUGCAGGCAGCAGCAGCAGCGGCAGCAGCGGCAGCACUACCCCUGCAGGCAGCAGCAGCAGCGGCAGCAGCGGCCAACCAGCAGCCACCGCAGCACCAGCAGCAGCAGGCAGCAGCUGCGGGGGGUGCGGGUGCGGGGCCAGCAGCUGCGCAGGCUGCAGUGCAGCCGGGGGAGCAGCAGCAGCACCAGCAGCCAGGGGCGCAUGCAAACGCGGCUUUAGCAGCUGCGGCUGCGCUGCUGGCAGAUGCCAUGGCUGCGGGUGGCUCGGAGUCGGAGGGGAGCGGCGAGGGAGGGGAUGACAUGCUGACGAGCUCCUCGGAGGGUGGUGAUGGUGAGGAGCAGGGUGACGAUGAUG